AUGUUAAGUAAUGGUGUGUUUCUUGCAAUAGUUUGUGUUGUCUUAGGAGCAGAUCAAGGUUUUCUUCUUCUUUACCGUCCAAUUGAUGUUACUAAUGAGUGCGCCUUCUCAGGGCGGCUGCGAUAUGAUGUCUCAUUCGGUAUGGGAAUGUCAGACACCGUUACUUUGGUGUUUCGCACAAUCUAUGAAACCGACUACACGUGCAACAUAGACAUUGUGGUAGAAGGAUACAAGGACACAUUCCUCGUGGUGGUGAUAAAGUUCCCUACAAGCAUCGCCAUCAACUGCCGUGCCAACACAGAUGCUUUUCAUGUUAUGAAAAAAAAUAAAUGCUUUCGCCUCUGUGAUUUGGUUGCCUCCAACGAUUUGCUGUCUGAUUAUUUCGUUAUUACAGUCAAAGGAAGAAUUCGUUUUAAAUUUCGAAGUAAUAGCAGCAUCAACUCCGAUAUAAAUGCUGAUUUAUACCAAGUGACGGCGACCUCUGCCCGUGCGCAGCCUCCAACUAAUUGCAACCCACGGAACGAAACACUCUGCGUGAUAGACACACAGGAGUUCUGCUUCACUAACGGUGUUGUUUGCGACGGCAUUAAAAAUUGUGGCGUUUCUGAUUGGUUUGAUGAACGUAAAUCUGAGUGUGGUCUACCAGUGGAAUAUCUGGGCCAUGCCCCUGUCAUUGCUGUGGUUGGGGCGAUAGUCUGCGCGCUUCUGGCUGGUGGGCACAUCCUUAUGAGAUGCCUUCCUCCCUUAGCCAACUCAUUCUUCAUAUUUAAUGCUAACGAGGACAACCGAUUUUGUAUUGACCCCGUAUUCGUUAGACCAGAGAAGACAUCAUUUGAAGUCGGUCGAAACAGGAGAGCGUCCUUAAUUCCGACGUUCUCCAGUUCAUCAUCCAGCUACCAAUCGGACAUUUUAGAUAUUCAAAAGAGUUCUCUUAUCAGACAAAGUGGGGGUACUGAUGAAGAUAUUUUGCAUUAUUAUCCGUCCGUCUUAUCGAUCAAAGAACCAAGGCUAUUUUCUAGUCGAUCGACUACAAUGAAAUCGAUGACUGCGAGGCUUCAGAAAACGAUACGUUCUGUUACUGGACGAAGGAAAAUCAUUAGAGCAUCCCUAACCGGACCAGAUACUAUAAACGAAAAUGCAUGA